UGCAACCUUCUGCGCAUCUCGGCCAUUUUCUUCAAGGAUUCGUUCAAGAUCCAUAGUUAUUCGUUAGAGCCACUGUUAGAAAAAAGGAAGGAAUCUGUUGCUUUUCAUAAAAAUAUUUAUUCCAUCUCUUCAUCCGCCAUUUUAUUACUACAGAUAGCCCCACAUGAAACAAGCUAAUGUGGAAAGAACCAGUCGUUCAAAAUGACCAUGUUCUUGAGCUCCUAUAGUUCUUGGGCAAGUUUCUCUCACCUCCUACCACAAUCCAGCCAUGUAUAAUUGCAGCAUCCUCAACAAAACCAGGACCCAUUCUCUAAAAGCCUUCCUCCAUUCUCUCUCUACCUCUUCCAAAAACCCCACCAAAUUUAGACUAGAUUUCAUCACCCUCUGUUCAGAAGGCCAGCUCAAGGAGGCCCUCUCAAAAUUCCAACCUAAAACCGGGUCCGACCAAACAAUUUUCUCUCUCCAAAAAAAUCCAACUUCUUUCUCUCUCCUCCUUCAAGGAUGUGUACCAUUACAGUCCAUUGCUUUAGGAAAACAGCUCCACUCCAUUAUAGUAACAGGUGGGCUCUCUUCGGAUCGAUUUCUCUGCAACCACCUUCUGAAUAUGUAUACAAAAUGCCAAAGCUUAGACUUUGCACUCCAAGUAUUUGAGAGAAUGGGAAGCCCGAACACCAUGUCUUUCAAUAUAUUAAUCAAUGGGUUUUCACAGAAAGGAGAACUCUGUCUCUCUCUAAAACUUUUCGACAAAAUGCCUGAGAAAAACCUUGCUUCGUGGAAUGCGGUGAUUUCAGGAUUAACUCAACAUGGAUUCCAUGAGAAUGGCCUUCAUUACUUCUCAGAAAUGAGAAAUUCAGGCUUAAUCCCAGACCAGUUCACUCUAGGAAGUGCUUUAAAGGGAUGCUCAGGCAUAAGAGCUCUGAAACUUGGGCAACAAAUCCAUGGAAACACAGUAAAGCUCGGGUUUCAAUCCAAUCUAUUUGUGGGUUCUUCUCUUUCUCACAUGUACAUGAAAUGUGGGGUCUUAGAUGAAGGAGAAAGAGUGUUUAGAGCCAUGCCUAUCCAUAAUGUGGUCUCUUGUAACACUAUAAUUGCAGGUCAAGCUCAAAAUGGGCAGUCUGAUAGGGCCUUAGACUACUUCAAAAUGAUGAAAGCUUCGGGCCUGAUGCCUGAUAGGGUCACUUUUGUGAGUGUUAUAAGCUCUUGUGCAGAGCUAGCAACUCUUGGGCAAGGCCAGCAAGCUCAUUGCCAAGCCACUAAAGCUGGGGUAGACUUGGCUCUCUCUGUGAGGAGCUCCCUGGUUAGCAUGUAUUCAAAGUGUGGGUGUUUGGCUGAUUCUUACCAGUGUUUUAUAGAGGUUGCAAACGAAAUGGAUACUGUUCUUUGGAGCUCCAUGAUUGCAGCUUAUGGGUUUCAUGGAUAUGGAAGAGAGGCCAUUUACCUCUUUGAGAAGAUGGUCAGAGAAGGGAUCGAGCCCAAUGAGAUUACCUUUCUUGGUUUGUUUUUUGCUUGCAGCCACAGUGGGCUCAAGGACCAGGGCUUGGAGUAUUUCAGGCUUAUGAGUGAGAAGCAUGGGUUGGAGCCAAAAUUGGAGCACUACACUUGUAUGGUUGAUCUUCUAGGAAGGUUGGGUUUCUUAAAAGAAGCUGAAUCUCUGAUCAAAUCAAUGCCAUUCAAACCAGACCCCGUUAUUUUGAAGACUUUGCUUUCAUCCUGCAAAAUUCAUGGGGAUGCAGAGGUCGCAAAGAGAGUUGCAGAGGACCUUCUAUUAAUGGAACCCAAUGACUCUGCACCUUAUGUUUUAAUCUCAAAUAUACAUGCGGCAUCUAAGAGAUGGGAGGAUGUUACUAGAGUGAGAAAAGCCAUGAGAGACUCCAAGGUGAAAAAAGAGCCUGGAAUUAGCUGGAUUGAGGUGAAAAACCAGGUUUAUAAGUUUUGGAUGGGAGAUAAAUCACACCCGCAAUGGAGAGAGAUUCACAGGUUUUUGAAGAAACUCAUAGUGGAGAUCAAAGAACAUGGGUAUGAGCCUGAUACAAGCUCUGUGCUCCAUGACAUGGGUGAGGAAGAGAAGGAGGAUUCUUUAGCUCAUCAUAGUGAGAAGCUUGCUGUUGCGUUUGGCCUCAUGAAUUCACCUCAAGGGUGUGUUAUCAGGGUUAUGAAGAACCUGAGAGUAUGUAUCGAUUGCCAUGUUGCGAUCAAGCUUAUCUCUAAGAUCACCAUGAGAGAGAUUGUAGUAAGAGAUGCGAGCCGGUUUCAUCAUUUUAGAGAGGGAAGCUGCACAUGUGGAGACUACUGGUGACUUAUGAGAGAGAUUGUAGUGAGAGAUUCUUGUUGGUUUCAUUCUUUUAGAGAGUGUAGCCGCACCUGUGGAGAUUAAUGGUGAUUCGUGAGAGUUGCCCUA